AGAGAAUGUGUGUGUGGAUCAUAACCUAUACGUUGUUUUAAAUAUGUUUGUACUUAAUCUUCUGCUGACAACGUGAAGUGCGGAACACGUCCAGCAACGUGUGUUUGGGAUCAGAUUCAACCCCAACGUUGUCAACAGAGGGUAAAAUUGUAUUUUAAAGUGUUUAAGUGAAAAGAUGAGAAGUACAUCCAAUAAUACAUUGCAAAACUUAGCAAAUUGGAACAUACAAAUGAAAAGCAAUUGAAAGGAAACAUCGAGCAUAUAAAAACAUAAAAAUCCACCUACGCAGGUUUGGCCAUCUAGUUUGGUAACCAUACUAUGAAGAGAAUAUAUGUAAGAGAAUAUGUCGCUGAUUUACAAUAAAUUGUGCUCAUUGUUGUUAGAAGAACAUUUUGGACCCAUUGUACAGCGUAUAGGCACUCAUUUGAUCAGUAAUGGCAGGAGAUCAUUACAACAGAUACUGUCUGCAGUAAAUCUACCACUUGCAAAGGUAAAAGAUGGCCUACAUAUCCUUAUGGUCCAUGGUUUUGUCACUUUUCAUGUUCACCAAAGGACUACUCUAUACACAAUAGAUUACAAAAAGAUUAUUGCAUUACUCCGUUAUCCAAGAUAUAUAUUUCUUGUGAGAACUUGUUGUGGAAAUGAAAGUCAGAUCAUGCUGGAAGAAAUCUUGAAACAUGGAUAUAUCAAAGCAUCUGAUUUGAUAAUAAAAACAUACAGAAGAAUUCAGGAAUCUCCUUCAUCUGAAGAACCUUCUAUUCCAAAUUUAAAGGACACAUUUGAAUUAUUGGUUAAAAACCAAUUUUUAAUGCGUAGUCUUUCUUUUGACACAAUGCUAGAAGAUGUGACAAAACCUGAUUAUAAUUUACCGAGUCUUAAUUUAAAAGCCAUCUCUAAUUUACUGCAAGAUAAAGAAGGUGAUCCUGGAGAUAGACAAAUAUAUUGGAAAGUCAAUAUUGACCGAUUUACUCAAGAUCUUAGGGAUCAAAUUCUUGUAUCAGCUGUAACUCGAAGAUUUGAAGAUAAAAAUGCUGGGGAAUUAAUGAGACAGUUGAUUAAUCUGAUGUAUUUACGCACUGCAUCUUGGGAAGACACGUCAAAUCCAAUUCCAUACACUGAGAUAAAGGAUGCAGUGAAGAAAUUGAAUUAUCCAGAGCUUGAGCAAUAUCUUGAACAGUACUUGCAUCUCAUAGAAGAAGAUAGUAGUCACUUUAUUGUGCGAACUGGUGAUUCUGGUGGAGGACAAUAUAGGAUUAACAUGAAGAAUGCUUUCAAUCAAUUAGCGUGGACAACUUUGGAAAAUAUCAUAACAGAGAAAUUUAAUAGUCAAACUGCCAGAAUUUUUAGAUUAAUACGACAUAAAAUUUCUGUUGAAUUAGAGCAAGUCCUGCAGUAUGCAAUGAUGCCAGUGAAGCAAGUUAAACAAUUAACAUAUAUUUUGGCGCUAGAAAAUUAUAUACAAAUACAAGAAUUGAAGAAAAGCGGUGUUUCAGCAGGACCAUUAAAAACAUUUUAUCUAUAUUACAUAAAUCUGAAUCAAGUUGUUCAAAUGCACAUCGAACAAUGUUAUCAUGCCUUGCAUAAUAUGAUACAAAGACGAGAGCAUGAGUCAAUUAGUAAUAAACGUAUGAUAGAUAAACAAUUGAGAGUAGAGAUAGUCUCUAGUAAUAUGAAAGAGCAGGGUGCUACAGAAGAACAAUUAGCAGAUAUUGAAGAGAUGAUGACACCAUCUGAGAAACAACAACUGAAAAAAAUAGAAAAGUCAAUAAAGAAAUUGAGCGCGGCAGAAUUGCUGGUAGAUGAAACCUUGUUUUUGCUACAUAUGUAUCAACUUUAUCAUCAUUGAAUAAAUAAUUGAUACAAUAA